GGGAGAAAGCGAGAAGCGAAACCGGUGCUUUCAGCUUGGAAAAUAUCUUUCAUGAAAAUGCGGAUAAAAUCAGUCUUGUAUACCUGUAUUUACAGUUGAUGGAUUAUGGCGCGUGUUUGGGAGCACGGAUGGAACACUGCGUGUUUCUUUUUGCUUUUUGGUUUGUGGAGUAUCGCGUCAGGACAACUGGUGUAUACCAUCUCGGAGGAGACAAACCCUGGGAUUACUGUUGGAAACCUCGCUAAAGAUUUGAACCUUAAUGUGCAGGAUCUUGAACGACGGGGAUUUCAGAUAGUGGAUGGACCCAAUAAGAGGUAUUUUGACCUGAACGCAAAAACUGGUAACAUCCAUGUCCGAGAAAGAAUAGACAGGGAGGCACUAUGCGGACGCAGCGCUAAGUGCUUGUUGGAAUUGGAAGCCAUUGUCAAGUCGCCACUGAAUAUGUAUCGCUUUGAGGUGAAUGUUGUAGACGUAAAUGACAAUGCGCCUAUAUUUCGGUCAACUAGCAGUCAGAUAAAUAUUUCAGAAUCCGCCGUUUCAGGUGAAAGAUUUUCCUUGCCAAUAGCGCACGACGCUGAUGCUGUGAGUAACUCUGUGAAAAGCUAUAAGCUGAGCCAGAAUGAAUACUUCUCCAUCGAUGUACAUAGUGGCGGUGAUACUGCCGAGCUAGUGUUACAAAAGCCGCUAGAUCGAGAGAAGCUUCCGCUAGUUCAGUUAACUCUCACUGCAUUUGAUGGAGGAAAGCCUCCGAAAUCCGGAACAGCCAAAAUUGUGGUCAAUGUUAUAGAUGUUAACGAUAAUAUUCCUGUUUUUACCAAAGCCUUAUACAAAGCACAGAUUCACGAAACAGCACCACCGGGUACAUCUGUUGUUACUGUGCAGGCUACUGACUCGGAUGAUGGCAUGAAUGGUGAAGUGAUUUACUCAAUUGUUAAUCAAGGCGGUUCUAAUGAAAUGAAUGUUUUCACAAUUGACCCUGUAACGGGAGAAAUAACGGUAAAAGGACAUUUAGAUCAUGAAGCCAAUCCUGCAAUAGAGGUCCGCGUGAAGGCUACAGACAAAGGGCAUAACCCACGGUCUGCCUUUUGUAAAGUGCUUGUUGAAGUACUUGAUGUAAAUGAUAAUGUUCCUGAAAUAUCGGUAACGUCAUUAGAGGAUGUUAUUCAGGAGGAUUCUCCUGUAGGCACAAUGGUUGGACUGAUUACAGUUAAGGAUAACGAUGCUGGGAAAAAUGGUGCAGUAAAUUUAAAAAUAAAAGGCCCUGUCCCAUUUAAAAUUGAAAAUACGUACAAAAAUAAGUAUUCAUUAAUGGUUGAUGGGCCGCUGGACAGAGAGACGACGCCUGUUUAUAACGUCACCAUAACGGCAACGGAUGAGGGCUCUCCCCCUCUCUCCAGCACUAGUGUUAUUACUGUCCGAGUUUCUGAUGUGAAUGAUAACGCACCGCAGUUUCCCGAACCCGUUAUUAAUAUUUAUGUAAAAGAAAACAGUCCUGUUGGGUCAGUACUUUACACAGUAUCGGCUUUUGACCCGGAUAUAGACAAUAACGCACAGAUUGUGUAUUCAUUAGUCGACAGCUCAUUGAAAAACGCUGCUGCUGCAGUUAACAUUAACUCUGUUACUGGAGACAUACACGCAUUACAGUCGUUUAACUUUGAGGACUUGAAAACCUUCCAGUUUCAAGUUCAGGCGACAGACUCGGGUGUUCCUCCUCGAAAGAGCAACGCCACUGUGAAUGUUUUUAUUUUAGAUGAGAAUGACAACUCUCCAGCCAUUCUCCCUCCUUACUCGGAGCACGGCUCUGUUAACAGUGAGAAUAUCCCCUAUAAUGCCGAAGCCGCAUUCUUUGUGGCCAAAAUCAGGGCUGUGGACGCAGACUCUGGAUAUAACGCGCUGCUUUCUUACCACAUCUCUGAACCCAAAGGAAAUAAUCUCUUCCGAAUCGGAACCAGCAGUGGCGAGAUCAGGACUAAGAGGAGGAUGAGUGACAAUGAUUUGAAAACUCACCCUCUGGUCAUUGUGGUGUCUGAUAACGGUGAGCCUGCUUUGUCAGCUACUGUUUCUAUUGACGUGGCUGUCGUGGAAAACGCAGGUGAUCUUAAAGCUACGUUCAGACAUGUCCCUGUCAAAGAUGACACGUUUACAGACUUGAACUUUUACUUGCUCAUUGCAAUCGUAGCCGUGUCCGUUAUUUUUCUGCUAAGUCUGAUCAGCUUGAUAGCUGUGAAAUGUCAUAAAUCAGACAGCAGUCUCAGUGGCUACAACCCUCCAAUGAUCACCACACAUCCUGAUGGAACCUGGUCUUACUCCAAAUCUACUCAGCAGUAUGACGUCUGCUUUAGCUCAGACACACUCAAGAGUGACGUAGUAGUAUUUCCUGCGCCAUUUCCACCUGCGGAUGCGGAACUGAUCAGUAUCAAUGGAGGGGACACAUUCACGAGGACACAAACACUUCCAAAUACAGACAAGCUCUCCAUGGUGCUGAAAGGCGCAUCCGCCUCAGGGUGUGUGGCAUCGCAGUCGGCUUUGUUCAGUUGA